AUGUCUUUCUUUCUUUUUUUCUUUUAUGCAUUCAUUCAUUCAUCCAUUCAUUCUUUUCAAAACUCCCUUUAUGUCUUUUCUUUCUUUCUUUCUUUCUUUCUUUCUUUCUUUCUUUCUUUCUUUAACCGGUUUCUCAUUCAGUAUAUUCUUCUAUUCUUAACUGUCAGCAAUUCUUUCUUUCUUUUUUCUUUCUUUCUUUCUUUCUUUCCUUCUUUCUUUCUUUCUUUUUCAGGCUUGUCUUUCUUUCUUUUUUUCUUUCUUUCUUUCUUUCUUUCUUUCUUUUUUCUUUCUUUCUUUCUUUUUUUUUUUUUUCUUUCUUUCUUUAACCGGUUUCUCAAUCAGUAUAUUCUUCUAAUCUUAACUGUCAGCAAUACUUUCUUUCUUUCUUUCUUUCUUUCUUUCUUUCUUUCUUUCUUUCUUUCUUUAAACCCAAUUCUUUCUUUCUUUUCUUUCUCUUUCAGGCUUGUUUUCCUACCUGCCAGUAAUUUCUUUCUUUCUUUCUUUCUUUCUUUCUUUCUUUCUUUCUUUCUUUCUUUAAACCCAAUUCUUUCUUUCUUUCUUUCCUUCUUUCUUUCUUUCUUUCUUUCUUUCUUUCUUUCUUUCUUUCUUUCUUUCUUUUCAAAUUUUUUCUCGACUUCCUACUCCUCCUCCUUCCCUCCUCGAGGGUCCCCCCUCCUCCUCCUCGCCCUUGUCAUCUUCUAA